AUGGCUGGUCGCAGUUGGAAUCGAAAUGGUCCUGGCUAUGGUAUUGGUGGGGGUUACAUGGGCCCCAACGCGCCUGCAAUGGGCGCAAACAUGGGGUAUUACGUUAAUCCCGUUGACAGACGUCCUAUGUACACUGCUAAUCCGAUGGUCAAACCAUAUGGUGGCGCCGGUUACCGCGAUGAUGGCUACAGACGCCCGCGUGAUGACUACCGGGGUGGGAAGCGUCCGAGAGGUAGAAGCCCCGUUGGUGAUCGGAGACCACACGGGCAUGACAGUUACUCCCGGAAGGACAGUAGGUCCAGCAAAAGACCUCAAUACUCGGGUCGUUAUGAGGUGAAGGUGCCGAAACUUCCGCUGACAUCGAAGUUCGCCACCGUUCCCGAGCUCAAGUUGUUACAUCAUGGCCUUAAUAUCCCCAACGAUUUCUCCAAGGCGUGUUUCACCUGGCAGGAGGCUUUUCCACUUCACGAGCCCAUGAACAUCGCCACCAAGACUGACGUUUAUAUAUUAGUGAUAGAAAUUGUCCAGAUUUUGCACAAGGAUGUCGAGUCUCAAUUUGUCCACCCUCCUAACGCCUUGGAGGCCCCAGACGCAGAUUACUCGUAUUCAGUCCGUGUUAUGCCUGUAGCGUCACCUGAGUUGGCUGAACUGUAUAAACACACUUUUCGUGCAGCUGACGAAAAGGGUGACUCUGAAAAAGUCGCGGCAAUCAAGAAUAUACACUUCGUAGUUGGCGGGAAGUCAAAGGUUGAAACCAUGGCAAUCGGAGGGCCCUGGUCUCCUAGCCUUGAUGGUCCGGAUCCCGAAUCGAAUCCACAGACUUUGAUUAACACAGCUAUAAGAACGUUCAAAGGGUUCACUGGUGUAGACCUCUCCUCUGUAAAUGAGUGGGUACGCUUCCUCGAGAUCCGUUAUUAUCGUGGAGCUGGCACAAAAGCGCCUACUUUGACUGAAGAAGAGGAGGAGCGUUUUAUUACAGAAGAUAAGCAGGAAGUAGUUGUGUUCCUAAUUCCGGAGGUUUCCCAUCUCAUUCCUUCUGAUGAAGAAUGGGAGCAGACGAGAAACUUGUACGGCGACGCACUACAGAAGUUGUUGGCACCCAUGGAUGAAGAAAGGAACGAGGAGGUUUCUGGCACUGACGAAUCAUCAACUGUGCCUGCCGUUCCAGACCAAAUGGAGACUUCUCAGGCCACGGAAUCUGCCGUGGACGAGAGCCUAGAAACUCCCCAUCCAGAGCCAUCAGAUGGUGAACCAACCCAUUAUUCAAGAUUGGACGUCAACAGCAUGAAGGUGACCGAAUUAAGAGCAGAACUUAUCGCCCGCAAUCUCGACUCUAAAGGUGUAAAGGCCAACCUCGUGUGUCGACUGCAAAACGCCCUUGACGACGAGAGGAAAGCCGAAUUGAGCGAAACCAAACCGGCGGAAGCGACCACAAUGGAUGAAUACGCAAAAUCGGCCGACGAUACGCCAUCUAACCCGGCUGAAGCCACUGGGCAGUCGAAGGAAGAGCUGCUACAGCACCAGUCAAAGGAAAUAUCUGAGAAAGAACGUCGCCGCUUGGAGCGUCUCUAUCGGUUGGGUGAUAAGCCGGCUAUCCUUGUUUACCCUAACAGGGCUGCUCGUGGUGGGCGUUUCGAUUGUCAUCGCGUCUCACUCCAUUCACUCCUCAAUUACCAGGCUGAGGAGCAAAAGGAACUCAACUUUGAGGUGUCCCUGUUUGCUGAGCAAUUCCAUACUAUGUUGCAGCGAGACUGUGCGUUCACUAUCUUCAAGGCUAUCUACUCUGCCCCCGAGAAGGACACUAAAGACGUAAAGUACGAGGCAACUUAUUCCGACUUUGUGUCUGCUUUCCUCUCGCGCAUCCACUCUCACACUACGCCUUGUUUUUCGCCCAGGUCUGAUCAAAAUGGUCACGACGAGCCCGACUCCAAGCGCAGGCGCGACGACGACUCGGAGGAGCUGUCACAGAUUGGUGAUGAUGAGGAGCCGGGCAAACCGCGAAAAAUGCGUCGAACCGUCGACUUCGCCCUCUUAUUCGCCUUCACCUUCUUUGAUAGUGGACACGCCAGCUUCAUUCGUGAUUAUGACCUGACAGAUAUCCUCCAACUCCUAAAUCUGGGCUACACCAAAUCACAGAUGAGGAAGCUUGUUGCGAAGGUUACUUCACAUCGUGACCACGUUCGCUACAGAAACAUGACGGAUCAGGAUGUCGUUGAGGGCGACGUGAAUGAUGUUACUACACUUAAAUUGGAAUCCAGCGACCCAGAAUUCGUCCGAGAUCUUGCUGCUGGCAAUGAUCUUCUCUUUGGUGGUGAAAAACCCCAAGGGGCCUCAAAGGUAAUCAUCGCAUCUGCUUCUGGUGAUGAGCAGCUUCUCAAGCGAGUGCAAGCUUCUGAGGAGGCUAAAAAGUCUAUGGAGUUCCAGUUCUUCCAAAUUAAGGAGGAGUUGGAGAAAACUCGGGUUCGUUUAAAUUCUUGCAAGGACUUCGAGGACCGGCUGAAAAAGGAGAAUCGUGAGUUCCAAGAAAAGCUGCGUGAGGAGCAGCGAGCGAGUCGUGAUAACAAGAGCCUCGUCAGCACUUACAACUACUUACUGAGACAUUCUCGUGAGCUAAUGACGACUGCCGUUGCCGAAAUUGAUAAGCAAUUUGAGAAGGAAAAGGCCAAACGUGAGGCCGAAAAAGCAGUGGCCGAAGCCGAGAAGGCAAAGCGCGAAGCUGAAGAUGAAUCGGCUAAGGUCGAGGAAAGCGCCGGCAGUCCGGGAGCCAUUGAGGCUUCUCGGGAUGCCCAAAAGGCAGAGGAAAAACCCGAAUGGGAGGUUGUCGAUCAGGUGUAA